AUGAACGGGACCCUGGAGAGCCUCUGCGGGCCCGCGCUGAACGACGAAGCCGUCUUCAUGUUCACCUCGGAGUCGGUGGGCGAGGGGCACCCAGACAAGAUAUGCGACCAGAUCAGUGAUGCGGUGCUCGACGCUCAUCUGAACCAAGAUCCAAAUGCCAAGGUGGCUUGCGAGACAGUGUGCAAAACAGGGAUGGUACUACUGUGCGGGGAGAUCACCUCUCGAGCUGUGGUGGAUUACCAGCGGGUUGUACGAGACACAAUCAGUCACAUUGGUUAUGACGAUUCCGCGAAAGGGUUCGACUACAAGACCUGCAACGUUCUGGUGGCGUUGGAACAACAGUCCCCUGAUAUCGCUCAGGGUGUUCAUCUGCACCGGGCUGAAGAAGAAGUAGGAGCCGGGGACCAGGGUCUGAUGUUCGGCUACGCGACAGACGAGACGGAGGAGUGCAUGCCGCUGACCAUCGUACUGGCUCACAAACUGAACGCCAAGCUGGCUGAGCUGAGGCGCAGCGGGGAACUCCCUUGGCUCAGACCAGACUCCAAAACCCAGGUCACUGUCCAGUAUCUCCAGAAGGACGGCGUCGUCAUUCCUAUGCGCGUCCACACCAUUGUGGUCUCUGUGCAACAUGACGAAACCAUCUCCCUGGAGGCCAUGCGCAGGGCCCUGCGAGAGCGGGUCGUCAAGCCCGUGGUUCCCGCCAAAUACUUGGACGAGGACACUGUUUACCACCUUCAACCCAGCGGCCGAUUCGUCAUCGGCGGCCCCCAGGGUGAUGCCGGAGUGACCGGCCGGAAGAUCAUCGUGGACACUUACGGCGGAUGGGGUGCUCACGGAGGUGGGGCUUUUUCGGGCAAAGACUACACAAAGGUGGAUCGGUCCGCGGCAUAUGCAGCCCGCUGGGUGGCCAAAUCCCUGGUGAAAGCCGGCCUGUGCCGCCGGGUUCUAGUCCAAGUUGCCUAUGCCAUCGGCGUGGCCGAACCUCUCUCAAUUUCACUGUUUACUUACGGCACCUGCGUAAAACCCGAGAAAGAAUUGCUGAACAUCGUACACCAGAAUUUUGACCUCCGACCAGGGGUCAUUGUCAGGGAUCUGGAUUUAAGGAAGCCGAUCUACCAGAAGACUGCCUGCUAUGGUCACUUCGGCCGAAAGGAAUUCUCUUGGGAGGUUCCUAAGAAACUGGUAUUUUAACGGUUGUUGGGACACCCCCUCAAGCUUAACUGGGACAGGAUUUCACUACAAAGGGUGCUUCCACUGACCAUCCCCUCAGCUGGGAAAAUGAACAGAAGAAAGAUGUUUUC